GUUUCGGUGGACAGAGAGAAUGCAUUGUCAAAAUUCAAAAAUAUAAGGUUAGAGGGGGAUUAACAUGUAUUUAACUUUAGCAGAACACAAGGAAGAAUUGCUUGUGGCGGUAAGACCAGGAGGAAGCUAUAAUUUUGAUGAGAACGUUGUAAGAGCUGUAGCGAUAGCGGAUGCGGAACACAAGGCAACUAACCAGAUGGUUCGAGAGCAAAAGGAUGGUAAUGAGUGUCUCUCAUUGACGUAUGAGGAGGUGGGGUUUUUAGAAGAAGUAGAUGAGAUAGAUGAUGUUUACAGGAAGAAUGACACUGUAACGAGAACUAACCGUAAACGUGCAAGAGAAGUGGAUAAAAUCCACUUGUUGGACCAUAUUAGUGGAGGUGUGUUGGAGGCUACUAGAGAUGAUUCCGAAGAAACGGUGGUGAGUGAUGAAAAGUCAGAAGAUUAUGAUUUUGAGAACAUGAGAAAAUUGAUUGUAAAAGAGUAUCCAGCGGACUGAGAUCCUUACAAUCCUACGAGAGUCAGGAGUUGGUCUAUU